AGUCCUGGGAGCCAUUUCACUUUUCUUCUCCAGGUUCUUAGGGAAUAGAUCAGCCAGGACAGGAAACCUGUGAGGCCCUAGAAUGCCACCUAAACAGAAGAGCAGUAAGUCAGCUUUUGUCAGAGCUGCCAAGGUUGAAUUUCUCAUCUGAGGCCACUCAUACUCUCCCUCUCUCCGCCAGGCCAGUGUGCCCUCAUUGCCCAUUCUCCUACCACACCCCUGCCUGCCGCCCUUGGCAGAGUCAUCAUGCCUCACGGUCGCAGGAGUCAGAGCGGCAAGGCUGAGCAACGCCUUCGGACCCGAAGUAAGAGACGCGGCCUGAUGUGUCCAAGGCUUCCGGUGAUUCUAGAAGAGGAGGAACUCUUCGCAGAGGAGGUGCCUGCUGUUGAGACACUGAUUAUGCCCCAGAGUCCUCAGAGAGCCUGCUCCUUCUCAGCUGCCAUUGCAGCUGCUCCACCAAGCAAACCAUAUGAGGGUCCCAGCAGCCAAGAAGUUCCAGGCACCUUACGUGUCUUACCAGGCAUUGAGGCCUUGAGCUGCGAUGCGCUAGACAAGAAGGUGGCUGAUUUGGUGCAGUUCUUGAGCAUCAAGUAUGUAACGAAGGAGCCCAUCACAGAGACAGAAAUGCUGAAGGUGGUCAUCAGAGAGAACAACGAUCACUUCCCUGUGAUCUUCAAGAAAGCCUGUGAGUGCAUGGAAGUGGUCUUUGGCAUCAGUGUGGAGAAAAUGGACCCCAUGGGCCACUCUUACAUUCUCGUCAAAACGCUAGACCUCACCUACGAUGGGAUGCUGAGUAAUGACCAGGGCAUGCCCAAGACUGGCGUCCUGAUACUUAUCCUGGGCGUGAUCUUCAUGGAGGGCAACCAUGCCUCUGAGGAGAAGAUCUGGGAAGUGCUGAAUAUGAUUGGGGUAUAUUCUGGAAGCAAGGAUUUCAUCUAUGGGGAACCCGGGAAGCUCAUCACCAGAGAUUUGGUUCAGGAAAGGUACCUGGAGUACCGGCAGGUGCCUAAUAGUGAUCCUGCCUGCUAUGAAUUCCUGUGGGGCCCAAGAGCCUAUGCAGAAACCAGCAAGAUGAAAGUCCUGAAUUUUUUUGCCAAGGUCACUGGGACUUACCCUAGUUCCUUCCCAUCCUUGUAUCAGGAGGCUUUGAGAGAUGAGAAAGAGAGAGCCCAGGGAAGAAUUGCCACUGUGGCAAGUUAA